AUGACUGAAUUAGCUCGACAACGAUGGCGUAUGCUUGGCGAGAUUCUUCUAAGUAAAAAUCUUCAAACAUCAUGUGAACAUGAUGAUAUAUCAAUAAUGCGUUUUAAAACAUUUGGUUUAUGUGUAAGAAGUUCAUUAAAAUCAAAUGAUCAAGAUGAUGGUACAUGGUGUAAAAUUGAAUUUCCUUCAUUUCAAGAUAAUCAAUCAAAUGUUAUUUCAUUAGAUAUUCGAUUAUGUUCAACAAAAAUUGAUUAUGCAGAUCUAAUUGGUUUUAAUAAUACAGGAAAUACUUGUAUAUGGCCAUCCGAAGAAGUUCUUGCUUUUUAUUGUUUAAAAGAAAAAGAAAUAUUCGAAAAUAAAAGUGUUUGUGAACUUGGUGGUGGAAUGACAUGUUUAGCAGGACUUGCUUUGGCUCGAUCAAUUUCGCUCAAUGAGCUUGUUGCUACAGAUGGAAAUGAAAAAAGCAUUGCUAAUUAUUUUAUAAGAAAUUAUUUAAACCGUUAUAAAAUCUUUAUUUUAUUUAAAUAA